AUGGAUUCAGAUCAAGGAAAGCUUUUUAUUGGAGGGAUAUCAUGGGAGACAAAUGAGGAAAAGCUCAAGGAGUAUUUCCAAGGCUAUGGUGAGGUUUUGCAGACUGUGGUGAUGAGAGAUAAGAUCACUGGCAAACCCAGAGGAUUUGGCUUUGUUGUAUUUGCAGAUCCAAACAUUCUUGACAGGGUUCUUCAAGAGAGACAUGUUAUUGAUGGCCGCACGGUCGAGGCAAAGAGAGCCUUAUCAAGAGAGGAACAACAAGUUUCAAAAGGUGGAAACCCUAAUACUUCUAGAAACUUUGGAGGUGUUGGGAAUACUAGGACCAAGAAGAUAUUUGUUGGGGGACUGCCACCACCUCUUUCUGAAGAUGGAUUUCGUGAUUAUUUUGAAGCUUAUGGCACUGUAACUGAUGUAGUGAUAAUGUAUGACCAGCAGACAAACAGACCUCGUGGAUUUGGGUUUAUUUCAUUUGAUUCUGAGGAUGCAGUAGAUAGGGUAUUGCACAAGACUUUUCAUGAGCUAAAUGGUAAGCAAGUGGAAGUCAAGCGUGCUCUUCCUAAAGAUGCCAAUCCUGGUGGGAGUGGCCGUUCCAUGGGUGGUGGGACAGGUGGCGGCAGUGUUGGAGGUUAUCAGGGAUAUGGUUCUUCUGUUGGAGAUAGUCGAAUGGAUUCCUCCAGGUACAUGCAAUCUCAAAAUGCUGGAGGUGGGUAUCCACCUUAUGGUCCAUCUGGGUAUAAUACUUCUGGUUAUGCGUAUGGUCCUGGCAAUAAUGGCAUGGGUUAUGGCGGCUAUGGAAAUUAUGGGAGUGCUGGAUCAGGCUACGGAAAUCCUAAUGCUCCAAAUGCCCAAAGAAGUUCAUGGGGUUCACAGGCUCCCUCUGGAUAUGGAAAUAUGAGCUAUGGAAAUUCUCAAUGGGGUAGCCCUAAUCCUAGUGCUGGUGGUGGCCUUGUAAGUGGUGGGUUAACUACUGGUCAGUCAUCAAGCGGAGCUCCUGGAUAUGGUAAUCAAGGUUAUGGUUAUGGUGGAUAUGGUGGCAAUGAUGGAACUUAUGGGAACCAAGCUGCUGCUUAUGGAGCUGUCGGCGGGCGUACAGGAAGUGGCCCAAAUGGUAGUACACCUCCAGGAGAGCUGCAAGCAGGUCCUGGGGGUUAUGUGGGAGGUGGCUACAGUGAUGCUGGUGGUAAUUUCGGUUAUGGUAACUCAGGCUGGCGAUCUGACCCUUCACAAACUUCUGGUAACUAUGGGCAACAAUCAAAUGGACCUCAUGGUGGCCAAGCUGGGUAUGGUGGUGGAUAUGGCAGUGCUCCAACUAGGCAGGCUCAGCAGCAGUGA